UUUGUUUUGAAUUUGCAAUCACGCAAUCAUUCCUCGCAUUUUCCUCGAGUUCAAAGAAAUGUGCCACACGGUUCAAGACAAAUUGUUAAAUUUCUAAAAACACACAGCCAUCAACUGAAUAACCUGUUUCUGUGCCAUGAACUUGAAGGACUUUGCUGUGCCGAACUGCCCACCGAGUGUUUACUAUGUUCCCGAUUUCAUUACAAAGGAGGAAGAAUGUUCCAUCAUGCAAGCGAUCGACAAAACUCCAAAGCCCCGCUGGACACAGCUAUCAAAUCGACGGUUGAUUAAUUACGGUGGAGUGCCUCAUCCGAAGGGGAUGAUAGCCGAAGACAUACCGGCCUGGUUGACCCGCUACAUCGAGCGCGUCAAUCAGCUGAAUGUGUACGAGGACGGGAUCAAGGCUAACCAUGUGCUGAUUAACGAAUAUCUGCCGGGACAAGGCAUAAUGCCCCAUCUGGAUGGGCCCCUGUUUUAUCCUACCAUAACAACCAUUUCCUGUGGGUCACACGCAGUGCUGGAGUACUAUGACCAAACCGAGGACAGUGAGUCCCCUAGCAACGGACCAUUAGUUCGCCACCAUGUUGCGAACAUCGUGCUGGAACCGCGUAGUUUGCUGAUAGUAAAGGACGAUAUGUACCAUAAGUACCUUCAUGCUAUAGCUGAGCUAGAGCAGGAUGUGAUCGACGAUAAGGCAGCGAAUCUGUCCAUGCUAAACAGUGUUAGUGUAGGGGACGUUUUACAACGGACGAAACGGAUAUCCUUAACGAUUCGGCAUGUACCGAAAACAAGCAAAAUGAAACUAAAAAUAUUUUAGGCAAUGGAAGUUUGGCUAGACGGACCAAAUCCUUGUUAUGCUAUCGGUUUGAAAAGUGAGAGAGCGAGAUGAAUAUAAUAAUUUGAUCAAAAAAAUGUUAAAA